UGAACAAAUAGCAUUCGAGCGCAGGUUGUAAAGGAGAAUUUAAUUGGUUGAACCUACAAUUUCACUGUAUGAAUCAGUUUUGAGCCUGAAUGUUUAAAGUAAUAUCCUACUGAUGAAAAAAAGAUAACUAUUGGUACGAAAAUUUUAAAGGAUAAUGACUUGUUUUAGUGAGGGUUAGGGUUUUUUAAACUCUUGUGUUUUUUACAGAAUCGGUUCAAUGAAUGAUUCAAUGACUCGCUCAUUGUCGCCACCUACUGGCGAACAAUGUAAGCUGAAGAAAGUGAAUGGAUCUUUUUAGUGAACGGGGUACGGGGAUUUAAAGAUUCAGUUCAUUGAAAUGAAUCAAAAUAGAGUGGGUCUAAAGAGUGGGUUCAAGAAUACAAACGUGUUUAAGGAACAGACUGUUCCUGACAUCCCUCAACACCGCUUAGCGUCGCGCCAAACCUCCUAUUAGGACAACAGCAAGCACGCGACACAAUGCUGUAGUAAAUGAUCUCAACGUCCGCAGCUGUCACCGUCCGCGUUCUGUGGUCAGGCGAACGGUCCUAUUAUAACCAAGGAAGCUCUUCCGUCGCGUCGCGCUGCGAGAAGGUGAAAGAGGAGAGGCGGAGUCCGUUUGAAUAUCAAGCGCAGUUCCAGUGACGAGGAUAAACGCGUACGGUGGAUUCCCGCCACUCCGGCGGCUGCGCGUGGGCAUCAGCUAGAGAGUUCCAUAUAAAAGCUCCCGCAUCCUCCUCUGCCUCUGACACUCUCUGUUUGAAUGGUACAGUGUCUUCUCCUCCUCUCCUCCUGUGUUUUCUCGGAAACAUUUUCCUGCAGUAGACAUUCAAAUUCUCGUCUAUGGUUCUGACUCAAGCUUCCAAAAUGUCCCGGACCGAUGAGGUGCACCGUAUAACGGAGAAUGUCUAUAAGUCCAUCAUGGAGCAGUUCAACCCUUGCUUAAGGAACUUUGUUGCCAUGGGGAAGACUUACGAGAAGGCCCUCUCCAGUGUGACAUUUGCAGCAAAAGGCUACUUCGACGCACUGGUGCGGAUGGGAGAGCUGGCCAGCGAGAGUCACGGCUCUAAGGAUCUUGAAGAGGCAGCAUGGGAUGUGCUUUUUCAGAUGGCGGAGGUUCACAGACAGAUCCAGAUGCAGCUAGAGGACAUGCUGAAAUCAUUCCACAAUGAACUGCUCACAGAACUGGAGAAAAAAGUGGAAUUGGAUGUUCGCUACUUAAAUGCAGCUCUGAAGAAAUAUCAGAUGGAACACAAGAGUAAAGGAGAGAGUCUGGAGAAGUGCCAGGCCGAGCUGAAGAAACUGCGCAGGAAGAGUCAAGGCAGCAAGAACCCCUCCAAAUAUGGAGACAAGGAGAUGCAGUACGUCGAGACCAUCAGCAGCAAACAAAAUGAGCUGGAUAACUACAUCUCUGAGAGCUACAAGAACGCCCUGUCCGAAGAGAGACGGAGGUAUUGCUUCCUUGUUGACCGUCAAUGUGCAGUGGCCAAAACGAGCAACACCUACCACAUCAAGGGCAGAGACUUGCUGACGCAAAAGAUCCCAUUGUGGCAACAAGCAUGUGCCGACCCAAAUAAACUCCCAGAGCGGGCAAUGCUUCUAGCUCAGCAAAUGGGCUCAGGAGCGACGGGGAUGCUGGGACCCAGUGUCCACCACACCUCUAAAUCUAGCCUGACCAUCUCAGACCCCAUCCCUGGGGCCAAGCCACUUCCUGUGCCACCUGAACUCGCGGCUCUCAUGGGGAGCCAACAGACGAGGAUGAUGGGAGUAGAUGGUGUUCCCGUGGUAAAUGGCUCAGGGGUCCAUGGGGGAGAAGACUACCAACGCUGGAUGGAGACCAGAGCCGCACACGAGAAACCGGCCCACAGGCACGGUGGAGAGACCUUCUCUAACACCCUGCCUGUCCGCAAGGUUGCGCCUGUAAAGCCCAAGAAUACUUUGGCAGAGACACAGACCCUCCCCAGGUCUAGCUCGAUGGCAGCUGGGCUGGAGAGAAAUGGACGGACACGCGUUCAGGCCCUCUUCUCUCAUGCCGCCGGAGACAACAGCACACUCCUCAGCUUUACGGAAGGAGACAUCAUCACACUGUUGGUGCCUGAAGCCCGGGACGGCUGGCACUACGGCGAAAAUGAGAAAAAUAGAAUGAGAGGCUGGUUCCCGUUCUCCUACACCCGCGUGAUUCCUGAACCAGACAGCAAUAAACUCCAUGUCAGUUUGCAGCAUAACAGGAGCAGCAGCACAGGAAAUCUUCUGGAGAGAGAGAUGGCGUUGCCGACACCUGAUUACGGCAUGCCCACACGCUUCCUCGCCCAGCAGCAGAGCACACAACACAGCCGACAGAGACCAUACAGCGUGGCAGUGCCAGGAUUCUCACAACAAGGGUUGGAGGAGUACGAUUCUCGAUUCCAAACGAGUUCGGAGGGCAAAUUGAUUUCGACAGUGUGAGAGGACAGACAAACACACAGACACCACCCUCCCCUCCGUCCCCACACACUGCCCUCUCUUCCUUUAUCUCUCAACAAUCCAUCCCCCUUCACUCCACCCUCAGAGGAAGAGGAUAGAUCCACCCUUCCCACCUUCUAGUUCCCCUAUUUUAUCCCAGUUGGAAGCAGCCUAACGAAACCGGAAUGCUGAGUAUUCCAUGUUGACCUUCCUCAUUAUACGCUCCUAUCAUAAGGAUGUUGAACUUACUUCAGUAAACAUGUUAAUUGUCUUUAUGUAUCUCUUGCCUGUCUUUCAUGCAUGUACAUGUCAACAAUGUAUAAAUGCAUAACUUUUGCCAUCCAGGGGUCCACGGAUUUAAAGGAAUAGUUUACAUGAUUUUAUUAUAUUAUUUUCUUCUAUGGAACACAAAAAGACUUAUUUAUGAGAUCGAAGUCGUGUUGUUGUUUUUUUACCUUCUUUUUCUAAAGUGAAUGGUGAUCAGAUUUUCUCUGAACAAAAUGCUUUUUUUUUUCUCUUUUUUUUCUUUGGUCAUUUUGGAGUUUGACAGGAACUGGUCCCCAUUCACUUGAGGGAAGAGAGCAGCUCAGAAAUCUAAAUUUCUUGUUUGUUAUUUUUUUGUUUCUGUGGAAGAAAGAAAAGUUGUAUAGGUUUGAAACAACAUGAAGGCAAGUGAAUCAAAAAAUUUUUGUUGAACAAAAAAAAUCUUAAAUGAAACCAAUGUGGUAAUAUGAUUAAAUUUAUUGUUUGUAACAAUACCGGUGGGUUUAUCCAAGUAUAAACGACUGUUAAUAAUGAAACUCAGCUGAGAAAGACCGUAUUCUGUACAUUGGUAAGUUUGCAUAUUUAAAAAAAAUCUCUACAUAUUCAGGUGUUUUUUAAUUAUUCCUUUUACAUUGUUCGAUCGAACAAAACUGAUGUAAUUAAUUAUCCACAACUUUCAGUGUGUUUCCAUUUCAUUGCUUAUAUUGCUGAUGUAAAGGUCUCUGUAAUCUUGUAAUAUCUCACCUGGAGUCCCUUCAAUGAAGUAUCUGUUUUCUAAAUGCGUCAAGUGUUGCAGAGCAGGACGGUGAAUUCUGAUAUGCAGUACAUACUUGACAUUCCCAGAGUCUCAAGUGAAGAUUGAGAUUGAAAGCCUAGAGGUUGAAUUGGAACAAAUUGUUUAAAUAUAAAUGACAUAAAUGGGUUGUUUCUGGAAUUCAUGGUUCAUGCAUGAAAGAAAAGACAACUGGUACCUUUACAUAUCCAUAUCUCAUCACCAUUCACGAGUGAAGCAAUAAGCAGUGAGAAGCAGAGUGUUAGUGAUUUCACCACAGAUGAGAGGUGUAUCCCUCUUAACCAUGGUACAGUAAAUCACUGGUAACGAGCGGCUCAUUGCUUGUAUGAAUAAAAUCAGAAAGGAAUAAACAACAUAGUUUUAGUCUAGGCCAUUUACGGUUGCCAAGAAACAUCUCAAAUUUAGCUCAUCCCAACAGAUUUUAGAAUCUGAACCAUCCAUUUUUGCUCUUUGUGUUGCGGUCGUUUCAGCGAUAUCCAUAUUAAUGAUGUGCCAAGUCUUAAUAUAAUCCAUGUGAUCCAGUGCCUUGUACAUAGCACACAAUAUGUGUAAAUACUAUAACUGAUAAUUGAAUGUUAAAUUGUAAACAUGCGUAUUUCUGAUUUUUUUUCUUUGACAUAGAUGCAUUGUUUAAUUUGGUUCAACAAGAUCCCUGUGGAUUCCUGUACAGCUUUUAGAUUCGAAACAUAUGUAAAAACAGCAAUAAUCAAAUUUGAUACCAUCCUUUUUUUGUUUAGUAUCAAUUUAAACAUGAUAUUUUAUGCUUAUAAUACACUUACACACCACUUGUGUGAGUUUUUUAGCCUUUUUCACAGGUGUGAAAGCUGAAGUCUUUUAGUUCCAGUGUUGUAAUGAAAGGGAACUGAUUAAAUGCUUUGAAAUAGCCUUUUUCAUAGAAACAAAAUGCUUAUGAUUAAGCUAUAAAAGAGACAAUGUUUCUCUGAUGUGACAGAAACACCACAUUGCUUGUUUGGUCUGGUAAUUGUUUAAAGGUGCACCGCUCUAUAUUUUAUCUGUAUUGUACUUGAAAAGUCGAUUUAUUGUUGUACAUGAAGGUGAUGCACAAUUAAAUAAAAAGCACCUUCAUUAUUACCACAAAGUAUGCGUGGAGACGUCCAGAUUGUACACUUGCUUUCACUUUUCUCAUGUUUUCCUUCACCAAAGAUCCUGCCAGGUUCUUUGUGUCUGUCUGUCUCUCCUCCGGCUAUAGAUUUCUGUUUGCUUUUGCACUGUUUGUCUUUUUCUGUGUGUAACUAAACCAACGUCUUGCUGUAGCUCUGCCAACACUCUCCAUCUCUGUUUUGAUGAAUUUAGAGACAAAAGCAGUAAGGUGUCAAGGACUGGAAGCCAGUGCCAGUGUUUCUUCUUUCUGCACUAGAGUAAAGGCUAUGGUACAGCCGCCACACUCAGAGAGAGCUCCACCUCGGUCAUGAUAUAUAUGUCGUUUUCUUCUGGAAUGCCCACAUUUUGGAUGUAAAAGGAGAGAAAGUACAAUAAUUGUACAGCAAAGUAUAUACACUCCAAUAUGCAUGUAUAUCGGGCGACACCAGAACCGUGUAAUGACCAUGUGACUUUCUACUCUUGAAAAGAUAAAUAAACAUUUCUUCAGAUUAAA